CCAACAUCAUCUCGGCCGAGUCUCUCGGUCGCCUGUCGCCUCGAAGUCGACGCGAAUCAGGGAAAAGCAAAACGCAAGCGUCGGCGGCGGCGUUGUCUCGACGCUGCAGAAGACGGUCAUGGCCAAGGCCCACGCAUCGGUGGCAUCCUUUGAUACCAAUGAUGACUUUAUACCGCUCGGCUUUCCUACAGAACCCUCACAGGCCGCUGCCAGACCGAACCUUGCAGCGCGAAUCGCAGGCGCAUCCAGGCCUCGACCGCCGCCUACUUCACCUCUCGAGAAGCGAGGCAGCCCAGCGAUUGCAAAGAGCCGAGCUGCUGCAGAGAAUCGGCUUGUCGCGACUACUGCUGGACCCCUCAGGCACGGCAAAGCAAAGCAAAGACCGGUUGCAGCCGACUUGAACAGCGACGGUGACAGUGAUAGCAGCAGCGAUUCCUCACCAGGUAAUCUGCUAGUACACACCGUACAGCCUUCGAUGGCAUCCAAACCGGUCAAGAAAGCGAGUCAGGGCGCGAGAGACCGCCGGCGCGCGCGCAGGGAGGCAGAGCUGACAUCACAAGCAUCUGCACAGACGUCUGAUUCUAGUACACAGCCACCCGUAGCCAGUACAUCUACCAGACCAGCGGCCAGCAUAGAGCAGCAAUCCGAUUUUAUCGCCUUUGCCUUUUCGCCACCUGACUCACCCUUGCCUGCGCCAGAACCUCUACCUCUGCAUGCGAUCGUACCUGAUCAACCUCUCCUCGAGCGACUCGCUGGAAAGAUAGCGCCUGUUGAUCCCGACAAGGAAGAAAGAUUCUCGAACAAGAAGGGAGGACGAUUUCUCCUCGAUCCCGACAAACAGGAGAGACUCCGGCCGAAACUGCCAGAGCCUCCCGUCGACGGUCCAACUGCGGCACGUAAGAAGGCUUUCAAGGCAAAGGCAGCAAAACUUUCGCGGACAGAGGUUCAAGCGCUACAGGAGAAGAAGUUUAAGCAGCGUCAGACACCUUGGUGUGCCAAUGUCGACUGGGAUGGCUGCUCCUCUGCUAUUCAGAUGUUGACGAAGGAGCUGCAGGCGUUCAAGGCAUAUGUGACGCCUUCAAGGGCCGAGCAUGCAUUUCGAGGUCAUGUCAUCGAUCAGGUCCGGAAUGCCUUGCGACAGAUCUGGGCAGACACAGAUCUGCAACCUUUUGGCUCUUAUCUCACUCAACUAUAUCUUCCCGGAGGGCAACUUCUUCGUUGCAGGGACAUCGAUCUGGUCAUGCUGUCUGCUACAGCGGCAUCGCAGACGCCGAGUAGGGUGCUGCAUAGGAUUGCACAGAUCAUGCGAGACGCCAACAUCGGUUACGACUUUGUCGUCAUUUCCCGAGCCAAAGUUCCGAUUGUCAAGUUCAUCUCGACCACCGGCGGCUUCAACAUCGACAUCUCACUCAAUCAGCCUGGUGGCAUCAGGGCUGGCACAGUCGUACAGCGAAUGAUAGAUCAUAACGGAGGCGAAGCGGCAAGGACGCUCAUUUACUGUAUCAAGUUAUACCUCAGCAUCAGAGGGAUGUCAGAGGUCUUCACAGGAGGCUUAGGUUCGUACAGUCUGAUCUGUAUGGUCAUAUCCUUCUUUCAGAUCCAUCCGAAAGUUCAGUCUGGCAGUAUCGAUCUCAUGGAAAGCCUGGGACCGUUGCUCAUCGACUUCUUCGACCUGUACGGACGCAACUUCAAUUAUGAUCUUGUUGGCAUCACCGUCAAAGAGAGCGGCUACUACAACAAAUGGGAUCGAGGAUUCUACAAUGCUAUGAAGCCUUUUGCACUGAGUAUAGAAGAUCCCAACGAUCCCACAAAUGAUAUAUCUGUCGGCUCGUUCAACAUCCGACAGAUCCGAAUCACACUCGCAGGCGCAUACGAGGUCCUGACAGCUUCAGUCUUCAAUCGUCAGCUUGUGAUACAUGCACAAGGUGACAGAAGACAGGAUGCGGCUCUAUCGGCUUCGCUUCCUGCAGCGCCAGGCAGUAGCACAGACGGAAAGCUGAUGCAUGAGACAUUACUCGGUACAAUCAUGGGCGUUUCUCAAGCCGUCAUCGAUCAGCGCGCUACCAACGCAGAGCAAGCAUAUCAGUCUUUAGGCGUCCGCGACACUACGCCCAUUGGACCCGAUCGACUUGGGGAUUCGACCAGCGCAACCUCUGCCCUCGUCAUGGAGAACGCAGGACUGGUCGAUGGCGAACCGAUCGUUGUCUCCAGCGAGUCGGAGGCUGGCGAAGAGACAGACAGUCGGUGUGCUGCUCUCAAAUCUGCCCGAGCAUCCUCGCGCAAACGCCAGCGCUCAAAGCAGAGCAACGAAUUUACCUAUGUCACGAACGAUGCCGAGUCCGAUUCGGAGGAUGAGGUACAACGCUCAAACAAAAGGCCGUCUGUACUUGACCAUCUUGGCGUAGGCGACGACGGCGGCAGUGAUAUCCUCCUGCCCGGGCUGAGCAAGUCUCCCAAAGUAUCUGACGAGGUCAAGGCAGCGCGCAAGAUGGCAGCAGAAGCCAGACAGAGCUACUGGCUUGCAAAGAGCGAGCCAGCGCAGACCGGCAGGAAUGGACAGCCGAGCAAAGGCACAAGCGCACGAAUUGCGCCCGAGCUCAUCGUGCUCAGUGACGCAUCGGACGCCGAGCUCCCCGAUGAGUCCCCGUAG